AUGCGCGAAUUCUUGAACGUGUCCACGGCUCUGACGGUGGCGGUGCUCUGCGCCGCCACUCUGCUGCUGUCGGAGGCUCCCGCCUUCACCGCAGGUGUGACCGGCCACGGGGCACCGCAGCACAAUCGCGUCUCCUCCGCCAAGGGUGCCGCCACCUUUGCCUCUGCUCACGAGGCUCUGGGCACCCAUGGCGUCCUCUGCUUCGGUAUGGGCUUCGGUGCCCUGGUAGCUGUGGGGCGGGGCCUUGCUGCACGCCGCGCACAGGGCUCUGACAUCGCGGUGAAGGAGACGGCGGACAUUUCCAAGAUCGCUUAUCUGCAGGACAUCCCACGAACCAUCGUGGAGAAGGAUGCCUUGGAGCUGAUCCUGAAGAACACACCUCGGGACCAGUGGGAGAACCCUCCUGAGGACAGCUAUCUCUACACGGUGAAGGCCUUCGCGGAGAUGUACGGCCCCGGAAAGGCCACCAAGAUGGGCUGGUGGGACUACUACCGCCUGAAAAUGGACAUGCCGGACACCACCCGCCUGAACUCUGAGCGGGAGCUGCAGGAGAUUGAGGAGUACGAGAAGCUGAUGAUGUCAGGCAAGGUUCCCUUCGCAGUGCCGGGCCCUUCUGGCUACUUUUUCACGGGCUUUGUCACGCAGUGGAAGGGCAAGGAGCCCUUUGCAGGCGACCAGGUCAUCACCUUGACGGAGAACGGACUCUUCGCCAAGCAGUUCCUCAGUGCGCUGGCGUUCUACCGCGAGGGCUUGAAGCCCUGGCAGCGAGGAUUGGAGAUUGGCAUGGCGCACGGCUAUUUCCUGAUCGGGCCGUUCACCUCCCUCGGCCCUUUGAGGAACACGCCUGAGGCUGCCACGGUCGGAUUGCUUUGCGGCUGCGCUAUCGUCGGCAUCGUUUCCAUUGGUGGAUUGAUCUUCGGCUCUACCAUCAAGCCUACUCGCUUUGACAAGGACGGCGACAAACCGGGAGCCGGCUUCAUCGAGAUGAUCAACUGGCAUGCCGUUGGGGGUUUGGGCGGAGCUGGCUUCGCGCAUGCGCUCAUUACGGCCUCUUGCCUUGACGAUGCUGAGCAAAUCUGGCGAAUGAUGCCCUGCAUUGAGCAGCCGCUAGACUGUCUUUGGUUCAGGCUGAGGAUGCAACGAGUUGAGACGAGCUUCUUUUUGAAGGGGCACCUGCGUCAUCUGGCUGUACUCUCCCUGCAGACGAUCGUGCACGGCAGUGCAGAUUACGGGCUGAUGGAUAAGGCGUACUGUAGCAGCUUGUCGCGGGAUGACAGCCAGGCACGCAGGACCUGCAGUGGCCGGCUGGAGGAACUAGGAUUCAGCCGGCUGCGCAGCUACUUGGUCCAGGGACCAUCCAGUGCCUUGUACAGGCUCAAAACGAGCGGCCCCUGUGCCAUCGCAGCUGAGUUGGCAAAAGAUGGCUCCGCCCAGACGGCUGCCAUCUCCGCCUGUGCAGAGGCUGGGCCUGGUGGCAUCCGGAACCCAGGGUGGGCCAGUGGCAACGUGCUGCCCAGCUCCACCGGCGAUGUGGCCAUCUUCGGUGCAACCUUGUCGGCGACUGCUGCUUCUUGGCCACAGGCUUUGACCAUACAGGUGUCACUGCAGGACGCUGGUUUACAGGGCAACACCAUCACUUUGAAUUCCCUGGCGCAGGCCUUCCAGUUCGGCAUGCAGUGGCAGCGGGCCGUCAUGCUGCAGGAAUGCUGGGCCACGUCGGAGGGCGAUCCUUUAGCUUACAGCACCCUUUUCCAGGCCGGCUCGACGUUAAAUGCUUAA